AUGAAGGAGCACGAGUCUGGGGCUUGCCAGAGAAAACCGACGAAACUCAGGAAUCUCGUCCAGAAGACCGAGGCGUUCGACUCGUUGCACGCCCGAAAUGCCGAGAGAACUUUGUGCUCGGGUCAAGUGUGCCUCGGUAGCGUUAUGCAGCUUCCAACGCACGGGCCGGAAUCCCGUUCAAAAGAAGAAAUCCUCGUGCAUGCGAAAGACUUCCUCGAGCAGUACUUUUCGUCCAUCAGAAGAUUGAACAGCGACGCUCAUCGUUCCCGUUGGGACUAUGUCCAAAAGGAGGUCGUAGCCACCGGCACUUAUCAGUUAACCGAAACUGAAUUAGUUUUCGGAGCGAAACUGGCAUGGCGCAAUGCUGCACGAUGUAUCGGCCGUAUACAAUGGUCGAAAUUGCAAGUGUUCGAUUGCCGUUACGUGACCACCACCAGCGGUAUGUUCGAGGCACUGUGCAAUCACAUUAAAUACAGCACGAACAAAGGGAACAUCAGGUCCGCGAUAACGAUAUUUCCGCAACGAACGGAUGGGAAACACGACUAUAGGGUAUGGAACCAGCAGCUGAUCGGGUACGCCGGUUACAAGAACCCAGACGGCACAGUGACCGGGGAUCCAGCCAAUGUGGAAUUUACAGAAGUCUGUAUAAAACUGGGCUGGAAAGGUGCACGCACUCGUUUCGAUAUACUACCAUUGGUGCUAUCAGCGAACGGUCAUGACCCUGAUUACUUCGAUAUCCCGAGCGAACUGGUCCUCGAAGUUCCUCUCAGUCAUCCCACAUACGAUUGGUUCGAGAAGCUGGGAUUGAAAUGGUUCGCUGUGCCCGCUGUAUCGGGAAUGGUCUUCGACUGCGGCGGUUUGGAGUUCACCGCUGCACCGUUCAACGGAUGGUACAUGGGCACCGAAAUCGGAGCCAGAGAUCUGUGCGAUUCUCAACGAUACAAUUUAAUGGAGACUAUCGCGACGCACAUGGGGCUCGACACACGAACGUACACUUCGUUGUGGAAAGACAAAGCCAUGAUAGAAGCGAACGUUGCAGUACUGCACAGUUUCCAAAUGAAAAACGUGACGAUCGUAGAUCAUCACUCGGCUUCGGAGUCGUUCAUGAAACACUAUGAAAACGAGAUGCGAUUGAGAAACGGGUGUCCAGCCGAUUGGCUCUGGAUCGUACCGCCAGUGUCGGGAUCGGCCACGCCUGUGUUCCACCAGGAAAUGGCACUGUACCAUUUGAAACCAUCUUACGAUGCCCAGGACCCUGCCUGGAAGACGCAUGUCUGGAAGAAAGGCCGUGAUAAGAAGUCAACUACCAAGAAACCAAGAAGGAAAUUCCAUUUCAAGCAAAUCGCAAGAGCCGUGAAAUUUACAUCGAAGUUAUUCGGUAGAGCUCUGUCCCGACGGAUAAAAGCCACGGUGCUGUUUGCUACAGAGACUGGAACGUCUCAGAUGUACGCCGAGAAGCUUGGCGAACUGUUAGGACACGCUUUCCAUUCCCAGGUACUCUCGAUGUCUGACUACGAUAUCAGCAACAUCGAGCACGAGGCUUUGUUGCUGGUGAUAACGUCCACGUUCGGGAACGGUGAUCCCCCGGAGAAUGGCGAAGCUUUUGCUCAGAACUUGUACGCGAUGAAAAUGAACGAAACGUACAUUAAUAGCGGCAAUAAAAUAAGUUUAGCGACGUCGAAGUCGUUCAUCAAAGCGAACAGUCAGACGGAAGUGAGUAACUGCAAGAAAUUGGACAGACUGGACUCUCUGCGUGGAUCGACUACAGAAUCCCAAAGUGAAGAUACUUUCGGACCCUUGAGUAACGUCAGAUUUGCUGUGUUCGCGUUGGGAUCGUCGGCGUAUCCGAAUUUCUGCGCGUUUGGUCGCUACGUGGACAAUUUACUGGGCGAAUUAGGCGGAGAACGUUUACUACGGUUGGCCCAAGGGGACGAGAUGUGCGGUCAAGAACAAGCAUUCCGGAAAUGGGCGGCUGAUACAUUCGCUGUUGCUUGCGAGACCUUUUGCUUGGAUGACGACGACACUUUGCUAGAAGUCGCGUUGUCUUUAGGAUCGGAGGCACUGUCAGCUGCGACGGUUCGCUUCAUGGAAGCAGACCCUCAACCAAUUGCAAAAGCAUUGAGCAAAUGCCAUAACAGAAACGUCACUACUUGUAACAUGCUCAGGAAGACCAAUUUAAGCGGUGAUUUGAAAAGUGGAACCACGUUAUUGUUGGAAUUAGAUGACAUAGCAAGCAUGGAAAUAUCGUACAAACCUGGCGAUCAUUUGGGGGUUUUCGCAUGCAAUCGGCCAGAACUCGUGGAACGAAUUUUGAAACGAGUACAGGUCCCCUUCGAUGCAGACACACCGAUCGAGUUGCAAAUGCAGAAACAAUCUCACACGCCUAAUGGUAUUGUAAAAACGUGGAUCGCACACGACAGAUAUUUACCAAAUACUCUAAGGAUGUUGUUAACCCGAUUUUUAGACAUCACAACACCACCAACUCCGAAUCUGCUCCGAUACUUUGCAUCCAUAGCUACCAAUUCGAAGGAACAGACUCAACUGAAUCUUCUGUCUUCUGAUCCAACCGCGUACGAGGAUUGGAGGCAUUGGAAGUUUCCCAACUUGGUAGAAGUACUAGAUGAGUUUCCAUCGGUUAAACCGUUCGCGCCGUUAUUGUUGCUCCACUUGACCCCUUUGCAACCAAGAUUUUACAGCAUCUCCUCUUCCCCUGAUGUGCAUCAGGGGCAAAUACAUCUCACUGUUGCGGUUGUACAAUACAAAACACACGGUGGGUCUGGACCAGUUCAUUAUGGAGUUUGUUCGAACUAUUUACGCGAGACAUCAGACGGAGAACCGCUCUACGUAUUUGUACGCAGCGCGCCCAACUUUUACAUGCCAAUUGAACCAAAAGCGCCUAUGAUACUAGUCGGUCCAGGUACCGGAAUCGCACCAUUCCGUGGUUUUUGGAAUCACAGGCUCUCAGAAAUAAGACGUCGGCCAGAUCUCGAGUACGGAAAGGUUUGGCUUUUCUUCGGUUGCCGGCAGAAAAACUUAGAUUUAUACAGACAAGAAAAAGAGGAAAUGAUAAAGGCGGGAGUUUUAGAUAAGGUUUUUUUGGCCCUUUCACGAGAGCCUGGUUUGAAAAAGACAUACGUGCAAGAUUUAAUCCAAGCAGAAGCGCCACAAAUUUACGAUAUGCUGGUGUACGAACGCGGUCAUUUCUACGUUUGUGGUGAUUGCACAAUGGCCGAGGAUGUUUACCAAACAUUGAAACAGAUCAUACAAACGCACGGUGAAAUGACAGAUAAACAAGUCGAAGCGUAUAUGUUAUCCCUUCGCGAUGAAAAUCGUUAUCACGAGGAUAUAUUUGGUAUAACUCUGCGAACAGCAGAGGUACACAAUCGAUCCAGGGAAACGGCCAGAAGCAGAAUGGCUGCGGAACCAUAA